UUAGACAGUUGCUUGUUUAAAUACGGCGAAUGCGCACGUCUCUUUAGAACGGACGGAUUCUGUUGGACUUAAUUACAGUGUUGCAUUUUGUGAUGAACAACAAAAACAAUAGCAAAGAAAACUUUCUACAACAGGAAUGGGUAUUUCAAUUUCAAUUGUGAAUACAACGGUGCGAUGUUAUAAACGGUACAACCAAAAAUUAAAGAAAUUCUAAGCAGUCAAUCAAGUGAACAAAAUAUUUAUUUUGGAAAAAAUAAAAUAGAUAACAACAAACACAAGUCCACGUUUUUAGAGUGUACGUAAAUCCACACACACACACACAACCACAGAUGUGUGACGUAUAUAUACAUACAUACCUACUUCGUAUAUGAAUGAAUGAAUGUCUUUGCGGCCCAGACAUUUUCGCAUUCUUUAAUUUCCGCAACAUUUAAAUGUGAAAACCAAAAAAAAAAAGUGAAAGAAACAAAUGUGGUGUCCAAAUUGUGAAUGCUUGAAAAAAAUCUAAAAAAUUCACGUGAGAAUUUUAAUUACAUGUUUAGUGAAUAUUUAAAGAAAUUCUGAAAUUCUUUUUACUUUUCUCAAUGAAAAAGUGAUUCAUUAUCAGCUUAAAGUAUUUGCUUUCAACGCGACACCAACAACGACGACAUUCUUUUGAAAGCGACAUUCAAUUCAGGCAUAAUUUGUGGGAUUAGCUGUUUUAUUUAUGGUAUAACGAUUUCAAACAAACGCUCUGAGACAAAUGCAGAAAAUGUGCACAAAUAAUAGAAAGAGAUAAACAUAAAAUACAAAAAACAACAACCUCUAAUUACAAUAACGGUGCGGCGGUUUAAGCGGUGUUUCGUGAUUCGUCUACCAACAGUGAAUAUUGUUCCAUUGCAGAGCGUUCACUCGCCCAACUAACUCAUCCCCGACAUCAGGGGAUUUUACGAGCAACUGACAACAACAAUUACAAUUGUUUAAAAUAAAAAUGAAAUACCUGCAAAUGUUUCAGUGAUAGUAACCCCCCCGGUCGACAGUCAGACAGACAGACAGGCAGUGCAUCAAUUACUGUGAAAUUAUAAAAAGAAAAAAAAAAGAAAAGACCAACAAACCAAGUACAUGGAUGUGUAGAUAUGUAAUACGCGUGUGUGUGUGUUUGCUAAUGAUUAUAGUUAAUUGAAAUUGAAAAUUAAAAAAGGAAACGCAAAGCGAAAAAAAUACAAGAAAUUCAAGUGAAAAAGUAGCAACAACAACAAUAAUAACAACUACAACAACAGUAAUCAUAUGUAAAUGUAACAAGCAGACAAUGGAUGAUUUUAUUUCUUAGAAUCUAACAGCAAAGAAAUUAAAGAAAAAAAGAGAAAAAAACACCACAUCCACAACAAUUACCAGUGUAAAACAAUAACAAACAAGCUCUGGCAUUGCCGCUGAACAAACGAAAAUACAAUUAAAUCUGUAAUUACAUGAGAGCCGCAGAUAGUCGAGGAAAUUAAAAUUACAAUUACAUAGAGAAAGCUCUGUCUUUUUUUCUUCAUUUUUUGCAAACGAGAAGCACCAGCUGCCAAACGACGAACUUGUUUCAACAUCUGGCCGGCCAACGGCAACGCCGAAGCAGCAGAAGAAAACAAUCUAAAACAGAAAAGACAAAAAAAAAAAACGUUAGCUAUUAUCGGCAAAGUGAUUCAAUAUACCUCUGGUCAGAGGAAGCUGUGGCAGUCUUGUUCUUGGCUGUGUGUUUUUUUGCUUUGCCAUUUUCAUUUGUAAACGUGUUUUCUGAUUUGCAAUAUCAGAAUUUUAAGCCACGUUUAGAGAGCCUACCAUGGCAGUAUCCUGCCCUGAAGUAAUGUACGGUGCUUAUUAUCCAUAUUUAUAUGGCCGUGCUGGACCAAGUCGCUCAUUUUAUCAAUAUGAAAGGUUUAACCAAGAUUUGUAUUCCUCGUCGGGCGUGCAGUUGGCCUCCUCCAGUGCCUCGGGCAGUUCACAUUCACCCUGCAGUCCCAUUUUGCCACCUUCGGUGAGUGCCAAUGCAGCGGCGGCAGCUGUUGCCGCUGCCCACAACACAGCGGCUGCUGUGGUGGCCGCAGCGGCCCAAACCGCCAAUCAUGCCUCCUCAUCCUCUAGUUUAAGUGCAAAUUUACCCCUGAGUGCGGGCAGCAGUGGUAGUGCUGGAGCGGGUGGCGGCGGUGGUGGUGGUAGCAGUAGUCAUGGCGGUAGUCUUGUGGGCAAUGUUGGCGGAGGUUUGGGUUCAAAUCUGUCCGGCUCAGUGGUACAUGGCGGAGCGACGGGCGGUGCCGGUCUCAUGGGUCCCAGUAGCCUAGGAAAUACGUUACACAGCAGCAGCCGAACACAUACCAAAGAAGAAGAUCUGGGUUCAGUGGCACGCAACGAAGCUGAAGCACGUUUAGUUGGUGGCCAUCAUCAUCACAACGAGUCAUCAUGUUCCUCUGGUCCCGAUUCUCCGCGCCAUCAUUCAAUGCAUCCCAGCGCUGGUCCCGGCCCCAAAGACAUGGCGCUGGACACAUCCAAUAGCAUAAAUGCCGGUCAGGGGAGAGCACAGUAUUUAUCAGCAACCUGCGUCGUAUUUACAAAUUAUUCCGGUGAUACAGCCAGCGUGGUGGAUGAACAUUUCUCCCGAGCUCUGAACAGUAGUAAAGAUACCACAACACCCAUGUCUACGCGAAAUUUCCCACCUUCAUUUUGGAAUAGCAAUUAUGUGCAUCCUGUUACAGCUACCACACAUCCUCAGAUGAGCGACCUGUAUUCAUCGGAGGGUGGCUAUGCCACAGAUCCCUGGGUACCUCAUGCAGCAGCCCACUAUGGCACCUAUGCCCAUGCCGCCCAUGCCCAUGCAGCCCACGCUCAUGCCUAUCACCACAAUAUGGCCCAAUACGGCAGUCUGCUGCGCCUGCCCCAACAGUAUGGCCAUAGUUCAAGACUGCAUCACGAUCAACAGACAGCACAUGCCUUGGAAAGUGCUGCCGCUUACUCUAGUUACCCUACAAUGGCUGGUCUUGAAGCCCAAGUUCAAGAGUCCUCAAAGGACCUUUAUUGGUUCUAAAAAGAAAUAUAAACAAAAUUAGUUAAAUAAUUCUUCACAGCCGAGGAAGAUGGAACUGAUGACCAAUAAACCACACAACCAACCAACCAGCUACGACGACCAAUGUCUUUGGACAAAACCAGGCAAACGAAUGUAGUUAAAAAAGGAAAACGACAAAUAAAACAAAAAAAACGAAAAACAAAAGAAAGUUCUCAGCAACAAGUAUUUGAAAUUGUUUGUACUUAAGUCUUUACUGAAUUCAUACUCCACAAUAAAAACAAAAAUGUAAUUAAAAUAGAAAAACACAAAGCGGAACAGUUUAAAGGAAGAAACAAACCACACCAGACGAAUGUGCAACAACAAUUUUAUGUUUAAUUUAAUUUAUAUAGAUUUUGUUAAUAGCGAAAGAUGAAAGAGGAGAAGAGAAGAGUAGAGUAGAAUCUCGAAUUGGACUUGUAAUUGCAUAUACAUACAUACAUACACACGUACUUAUUUAGCUAUGUAGUCAUACAGAAUUUAUUAUUAUUAUUAAUUAAUUAAUUAAGAAAACAAAAUAUAUAAUUAAAAAUAAAUCUAUAAAUAUCUUAGUCUAGUUAUGAUUAUGACGACUUUUAUGAAAUGUAAUCUGUGUAAUGUAAUGAACGAAUGAAUGGAAGAAUGGAAGAUGAUUUUGACGAAGAGGUUGACGAUAAUGAAUGCAACAACAACAACUAAGUUAGACAAACAAACAAACAAACCAAGCAACAACAAGACAAAACACAAACUAGUUUUAAAACAAAUAAAAAAAUUGAAAAUAAAUUACAAAACUUAAACAACAAAACAAAAAUAAAUAAAUAAAUAUAAAACAAAUUUAAAAUCCAAUAUUAAAAAAAUGAAA